AGUCUGAUGGCGAUUCUCUACGAAUACAAUAUGUGUGGUUUCAUGUACCUUGCUUACGAUAAGACUUGGAAUUGCCUAAAAUAUGUUAGAUGGCUCAGCUCCUCUGGAAUCACAGUCAACACAUGGUUUGAUCGUACGUGAGAGGGGCUAAAAGGUAGUAUAAGGUCUGUCAAAAUGAGCUAAUUUCUAGAUUUGACCCCUUGGCAUCAUGUCCCUAGAUGGCUUUUCUUUGAAUUUCGUACUAGAUUUAUUUCUCAAUGCUCCACUGCACUACCUUUUCUCCUCUUCAUGCAGGAUCGCCAUCUUCCGCACUAGGAAAUGUCCGUACACACACUUCACACCGGAGCCCAUGAGGUCCUCAUGCAUUAACGUGUCACGCAAUGACAACAAUCGUAAUAUUCAUGGAGGCUGAAAACAAUAGACAAGCGUUUGUCUUGAUAUUGGUGCACUCAAAUACAUCUGAGCUAUUAAAUGCCGCACUAUUUGAUUGAGGGCCUCCUUUCUGGUAAAUAGUCAUAUAUAGGUAUAUAAACUGUAUGGCUGCAGUUGAGAUUAAUCCAUCAGAAACAGCAGUCUCUCCAGUGAACUGGACUAAGAAUCAUCUACUAUUAUUAUCAAAGAACUCCUCUUGAACUGUUCUAUUCUGCUUCCUUCCUUCAUUCUACGAUCAUCACUUUAUCUGCUAAAUCACCACCCUUCGACAAUUUGCCCAUCAAUCCAUCAACAAAUACAAUCAUAAAAACAACCAGUUAGUUAUCCAAAUACUCAAGGUCGCUUCCUACACAUCAAGCAGCAAAGCACCCACAAUAACUUCUUCAUCAAUAGAUACAUCAACUCACAUCCUCGUCAUCAUGGGAAGUAAAAACAGACGUGCUCCCCCAGCAAAAUCCAUCGAAGUCAUUCCCAAAGAACCAUCAGAAAUCGAAACUCACCUUGGAAUGGUUCUAAACGGCAACAUCCUAGCCAUCACUAUCGACUACUGCAGCCCAGAAACCUCAACCUCAACCUCAAAAUCACAAUCCAUAGAAUCUCUCCUCAAAAUCCUCCCCGACUACGCCCCAUGGGCAAAAAUCAUUCAACUCAGCAUCCACGCCGACAUCCCUUCCAAAGAAAAUCCCAACAUCUACCUCACCCGCAUCAAAGAUAUCAAUUCCAUAAUAAAGGAAUUAAAUAAAUUCAAAAAAAUUCAACAAGUUCACGUUAGGACACUUCUUGAUCAAUACAAUUUUUCACAGAUGAAACUCGCGGCUGCGAUGUAUGGAUUGAGGCAGGGAUUACUAUGGCGUUUUUCGUAUGUGGUGAAGGGGGAAAUGCCGGUUAUGGUUUCUUCGAGUGAUAAUGUUAUGGGGAAGCUUUUGGAGGUUUGGAAGAAAGAAUUUCUUGGGGGUUUGGAGGUGCUUGGGUAGAGGUUGUUUUCUGUGAAAGGUUUAUAUAUAGGGUUGGCUGGGGUGAUGGGACUUGAAGGGUUUUUUAUUUUUAAAAAAGAAAUCUUCAAGAUUAUGUAUGGAUCGGUGUAGUUUUGGGGAGUGGGCAGAUAUUUGUUCGAGUGUUGUGGUAAUUUGAAAGCUUUCUCGUAAAUUCUUAUGGUUAAAGUGAAGUUUCGAGUGUGAAAUAACUAUGGGUCUAUGAGUUUAUAUGCUGAUAGAAAAUGAUCAUCUUGACAUUUUGGCUCAAUGAAAUUAUAAACUCCAUGAAAGCAUUCGAGGCUACGUAAUUCUAGAUCUCGCACUGCAAUAAAUUAGAAUAGAAAGAAAAAUGCUAAUACACAAUGAUAAAGAUCGGUUUUUUUGGUUUCUGUAUGACCGGCUAUGAAUAUCUCCCUCUUCUGCUUCGCUGGGAGAUGAAAGAUCCUUUGAUAUACUUUCUGACUGGAUAGUUGAUGGAAUAGAUGUAUAUAUGCACGAGGAUGGACUUACAGUGUGAUAUGUACAAAUAAUAAUAUAAUUCAUAAGAUUAUCCUAUUAAAUACCUAGCUUGAGUGUCAAA